AUGGAGCCUGCUUUGCGACGAGCAGCUUCAAGCGUCUGCGGACAGUUCCACUCGACCCGGGCCCUCCAUUCCACUGUUUCGAGGAAAUCAAAAGCCAACAAUGUGACGACGCGACAGUUCUCCUCGACUCCCAAGGCUGCAAGUGAAGCUGCUGCUGCGAAAGCUACGAACACCGAGAAUCCGACUCCGAAACUCGGUUCUGACGAUCUCUUCCACUCCUUCACGAACUCUCCAAUCCCCGAGAUCCGGCGUCGUGCGGCCUUCAUGCGACAGCACGCAUACUGCCCGCACCCGGACCACCGAGCGACUCGAGUCCCCACGAUUGCUCCCCACGGUGAUGAGAACACCGCGAAGACCGGAAACCUUGCGCCGGCGCACGUCGACUUCGAAUGUCCCGAUUGUGGAGUCCCCGUUUACUGCAGCAAGGAGCAUUGGAUGGACGACUACGAAGCCCACCUGGAGAUUUGCGAUACCCUGAAGGAGAUCAACGAGGACGAUCAUGACCUACGAUCUGGCCGUGCCUUCCCGGAGUUUGUCAUGGCCGAUGACCAAAUGCCUGAGGCUGUUGUCAACAUGACCAACUGGGAUACGUUCAUGUACAGCCGAGAGUUUGAGGCCAUCAACGAUGAGCGCAGCAUGAGACAGGUCACAAAGAUGCUCACAUAUCCUAUCACAAUUGGCAGCAUCCUUCAUGAACUCAGCCCCUACAGUGUCAAGCAAGGCGAGAGACUGACAAACGAGGGCCUGAAGAGUUUGAGUGCUUUGCGCUAUACUCUUCAUCCUCCUCUGUCUGGCAAGGGAACCGACAUGAAGGAUCUGCGCCCGGAAGCGCCUCCUGUGCGAGUGUUCUGCCUGGGUGCCCGCGCGGAAUCCUCGCUGCCGAGAAAUGUAUGGCUUCAGCUGGCUCACCUGUUCCCCGAGAGCAAGAUUCACCUCAUCUUCAUCGGCCCUGAGAGCAUGGCGAACAGAGACGAUGAGUUUCCACUCCCGCCUAGAACUCCCGAGAAUCCCUUCGGCAUGGUCGUGGAGGAUCGGAUAUCGCAUAAGCUGAAGAUCAGCACCAUUGUGGAUUACUACCACACUAUUCACAAGACUGGGUACUUUGCGCCGUACGACCCGUACUUUGACUGCUUUUGUCUAUUCCACCCCGGAUUGGGUCACCCGGCGAGCAGCCACGAGUGGUCCGAGACUCUCCCGAUGCUUCUUGAGACCAAGCUACCCAUCAUCGCCACCGGCUACACGCAGUUCGACAUGGAGCGAGACAUUGAAUGGGUUCGUAAGACAGCCGCUGGCGAGUUUGAUAUGUUGUUGGAGCCCGGCGAGAACCUCUUCCGCAGCAUGAGAUGGGAUCUGAAUGAUUUGGACCCUCAGGAUGUAAGCUGCGGAAACUGGGGAGUCUGGGCCUUCCGUGGAAAGAGAUAUGAGACGGCCACGAAGGAUGAUUAA